AUGUCGUUCUCCGAAGGAGUGACCGGUUCGACGCUCGCUAGGAAUCUCUGCUCCCACAAUUCCACGGCCGAUGGAAACAGAAUGGAGUGGGGAGCAACUUCCGUCGUGUCAAUAUUUAUCUUUACCCUCACCGUCCUAUUGGGCGUCCCGGGCAACAGCGCAGUCAUCUGGGUGACGGGCUUCAAAAUGAAGAGUAAGGUCCACACGGUGUGUUUCCUGAACCUGGCUCUGGCUGACCUGAUCUAUUGCCUCACCCUUCCCUUCAACAUGGUCAACAUCACAAUGAUCUACUCUGGGUACAAACCCUACUUUUCCUGGAAAUUUAUUGGAACCGUGACGUUCCUCAACGCAUCGGCCAGCAUUUAUCUGUUAUGCCUGAUCAGCAUCUUCCGCUGCCUGGCUAUUACUCGGCCCACGUGGUUCCAGCAACAUCUGAGCCUCACAUGGGCUCGUGCGGCCUGCGUCGGCGUUUGGAUCCUAGCCUUCGUCAUGUAUCUGCCUGCCCACCUGAUUCAGGAUUGGAGGAAGGAAUCGACCGUCUUGGAGCCAUUUUGGUUUAUUUUCAUCUUCGGUUUUCCCCUUCUAAUUAUGAUCACCAGCUAUUCCCUGGUCGGCUUUAGGCUGCAAGGGAGCAGGUUCGCCAAAUCUAAGAAACCUGUUCGGCUCACCAUCGCCGUUGUCGUCACCUUUAUGAUCUGUUGGAUCCCCAACUCUGUCUGCGACCUCGUUUCAACCUUCACCACACCGAUUCCCCCGGACCUGUCAUUAGUCGCUAUAGCCCUGGCCUCCUUCAACAGCGCUCUCAACCCCCUUCUCUAUGUCUUCGCUGGCCGCGAAUUCCACCAGGUCAUCAAGCGCUCCCUCCUCGCUUCACUCCAUCUGGCUUUCGUCGAGCAGAGGCUGGAUUUGGAGACCCAGUCUCCAACCCCCAACCUCACCUCAAAUACGAAUGUCUGA